AUGACAUUGAGUUAUUUUCCUCCUGUACAGGAAGAAGAGGAACAGGAAAUCGAGAGCGAAGAAACAGAAGCAGAAGCUGUGGAGCGUUUUACUGAGGAAAUCACGGAAAUGGUUGAGACGGAAACGGGUAACGCGGAGGAAGUUCUAGAGUCUCUUACCGAAAUCAGGGUGCCCCACGUCAGCGUCAAAGCUUCUGACAGCAUAACUAGAGUCCGCUUUCGACUAGUCAAGCGGAUAAAAAAUCUGAUCGUCAAUCGUCAGGCGCUUUUUGAACGAGUCUACCCGCUCAAGCCGCUUGAAGCGGAGCGCCUCGUGUCCAGCGGUUUCAAACAUCUCUCCGCUUUUGGCAAGUGGUGUCCACAUUCUCGAGUGAAGCCAACUGCCCUGGGGCCCCUUCCCGGGACCCCACUACUUGAGUUGGGAGUUCCGAAAAAACUGCCAACGUGUGCAGCCGUCUACCGUGAAUAUGUGUUUUGGUUCCAAACACCUGCGGACCGCAAAAAGUUUACGGAAAAUCCCCUUAUCUACUUGCAACACCAGAAGUUGCCUUUGAGCCACCAACCUCUAAGGCUAGCAGUCAUCGGCGCUCCAAAAAGUGGGAAAACAGAGUGUAAGUCUAGCACAUACGCAGGCGCGUUGUGCUUUUUGUCUUUUUGUCUACUUUUCCCAAACUUUAGCGGUAACAGUUCAAUUUAG